AUGUGGAAAUCGAUUCCAAACAUAAUCAAUUCCUGUGUCGGGUUCAAAAGUGGCCGACGGGUAUUCACGAAUGCUAGUGAUAUUAGUCGGGAUGAAUACAGCCUGGGGGAAGAUGAUGAGUUUGAUAACAAAAGAUUCAAACGAACAAACGCCAUUACAAGAGCAUCUAAACAAAUUGACGACAUCAUUUGGGAAAGUAGGACUUUCUGUAGCUUUCCUGUUACCAUUGUGGUUGUCGCAAUUCCGGAUGGACUCCCACUGGCUGUCACCCUAACGUUCGCAUAUUCGAUGAAGAGAACGAUGGCUGAUCAGGCGAUGGUCAGGAACUUAUCAGGAUGUGAAAUAAUGGGAUCAACAACAGUUAUUUGCACAGACAAAACGGGAACAUUGACAAUGAAUCAAAUGAAAGUGACGAAGUUUUGGCUUGGCCAUGACAACAUCAAGAAAGAUCAAUAUUCACAGGCUAUUGCCUCGGAUCUCCUGGAACUAUUCCACCAGGGAAUUGGUUUCAACACGGCAGAUUUGAGUUUGGAUAUCGAGAAACUGAAGCGAAAUUAUACUAUUAUUCAUGUUGAAACUUUCAAUUCGAAGAAGAAGCGAAGCGGAAUUCUGAUUAAGAAACAGGUUGAUAAUACCAACCAUGUGCACUGGAAAGGAGCUGCAGAAAUGUGUUAG